AUGUCACAUUUUGUCCCGAGACAAAGUCGUGACGAGGAGGAUCGAAUGAUUCCCCUACCUUCAGUUCAAUGCUACACGGAAUACGACUCUCGAUAUGACAUUCCCGUGCCCGCAGUUCGUCUGAGUUCUGGCUUGUACCAGAGGCACGGUACACCGUCAAAUGGUACACAGGUCGAUUUUGAAUCGGACCAAGACCGCGGCAAAAGCAGCGGUGAACCGAAUUCAGGCUCUCAUGAUAGCCAACAGAGCCGUCUUUUGUUUGCGGAUCAGGAUUCAUUGGUGACAUGGUCCGGCCCAGACGAUCCAUCAAACCCUCUCAACUGGAGUCGUCCGAGGAAAUGGAUCUCAACACUCUUAGUAUCCUGUUUUACCUUCAUCUCACCCGUGUCCUCCACCAUGGUAGCACCUGCUUUAUCCACCAUGGCGGAUGAAUUUCAAAUCCAGUCGGAUAUCAAGCAAUAUCUCCUCAUGUCGAUCUUCUUACUCGCGUAUGCACUGGGGCCGUUUAUAAUCGCACCACUGUCUGAGAUGUACGGACGUGUUGUCGUACUGCAAUCCGCAAACAUGUUUUAUUUAGUGUUCAACACCGUAUGUGGGUUUGCUACCUCUGGGAACCAGAUGCUCGCUUUUCGGUUCCUCAGUGGAUUCGGUGGCAGUGCCCCGCAAGCGAUUGGUGGCGGAGUCCUCAGCGACUGUUGGCGCAAAGAGGAGCGCGGAGCAGCUACGGCACUUUAUAGCUUGAUGCCGUUUAUCGGGCCCGCGAUUGGCCCUAUUGCGGGUGGGUACUUGACGAAGUAUCUGUCGUGGCGAUGGAUCUUCUGGGUUGUGUCCAUGGCCGAUGCUCUGGUGCAGCUAUUAGCGUUCCUGUUUCUGCGCGAAACCUAUGCCCCCAAGAUUCUUGCAACUAGAAAAAGAAAGCUGCAGGAAUUGACAGGUAACCACCAGCUCCACACCGAGUAUGAUAGGCCCGAUCGGACCUUUGGCCAAGUGCUUCGGAAGAACCUGAUUCGCCCGUUCCGGAUGCUUUUUACUCAGCCUGCUAUCCAAGCCCUGUCCCUAUACAGAGGCUACCAGUAUGGGCUGAUGUAUCUUGUCCUAGCAUCGUUCCCUCUAGUCUGGGAGGGAGUAUAUAGCCAAGCAAAGGACAUUGCCAGCUUGAACUACAUCUCGCUUGGCGUAGGCUUUGUAAUCGGGCUUCAAUUCUGUGGUCGCGUUCUUGACACAAUAUAUGUGCACCUGCAGAGACGUUAUGACCAUCCAGGACGGCCCGAAUUCCGCAUUCCGCUGAUGCUCCCAGGAGGGCUACUCGUCCCUAUCGGACUAUUCAUCUAUGGAUGGAGCGCUGAAUAUCACAUGCACUGGAUCAUACCCAACAUUGGUGCCGCAAUCUUUGCGAUCGGGCUGAUCAUCUCCUUCCAGUGUGCUCAGACUUAUGUUGUCGACGCCUAUAGCCGCUAUGCAGCCAGUGCUACUGGCGCCGCGGCAUUCGUACGAACAUUGGCUGGGUUUGCAUUUCCAUUAUUUGCGGAGAGUCUGUACCGUGCCUUGGGUCUGGGAUGGGGAAACAGUCUGCUCGCAUUCGUGAUGGCAACUAUCAUUCCAACCAGCAUCUCCAAGCGCAGUGCGUGA